AUGGAAACCAUUUCUAACAUUCUACAGGAUGUGCGUGAUUACUGGGCUGAUCAUUUUUCUCGUAGAUUCUAUCCAAGAAGGCCAACACUUCGCCAAGCAACAUCAUUAUCCACCUUUUAUUUAUUGGACUACAAAACUCGACAAGCUGAACUUGGAAUGGACUAUGACUAUCCAUGUGCUCAGCUGAACAAAGCAAAAUUUGUCUUCCACAAUGGUGAGUGGAAAAAUGACAAUAUCCCCCAACAGAUGCCCUUAUUACAGUUAUACCCCUCUCCAGAUAAGGAAUCACCCAACAAGGCCCUGAAGAAAGCAAACAAAUCCUUACUGGAAGAGAAUAAUUACUUGAAGCUGCAACUUGAGCUGCUUAUGGACAUGUUGACGGAGACCACAGCACGACUACAUUUAGUAGAAAAAAAGCUGGACACUACUACUUGGCAUUCAAAUACAAAAAAGUCAAAUAACAAGGUGCUUAUGCUUCGAGCUUAA